AUGAAGCUAGGGGACAAGGAAAAAGAAAUAGAAUUUUUGGUGGAUACAGAGGCAACAUAUUCAGUUUUAAAUAAAGCUUUAAUGCCUGUAGGGGAUGACUAUAUUGUGGUACAUGGAGCAACUGGCCAAUCUGAAAAAGCUUAUUUUUGUAAGCCAUUGAAAUAUAAAAUUGGGAAACAAUGGGGUAUUCACAAGUUUUUAUAUUUACCCAAUUCUCCAAAGGCUCUCUUGGGAAGAGAUUUAUUAGAACAAUUACAAGCAACCAUUAUUUUUAGGAAUGGGGAAGUUAUUCUGGAGGUAAAUGACCAACAGUAUGUAGAAAUACUGAGCCUAAUAUUAACAACCAAAGACCCUGUAGAGGAAAUCAGGGAAGAGAUAAUGGGCCAAGUGUUCCCAGGAGUCUGGGCCACAGAUGUACCUGGAAGAGCCAAAAAUGCAACCCCAAUACAGAUCAAACUCAAAGAAGGGAGACAACCAGUUAGAAUUAAACAGUACCCCCUUAAAAGGGAAGACAGGGAAGGAAUUGGCCCGAUAAUUGAAAAAUUCUUGCAGUUGGGAUUACUAAAAGAGUGCCAGUCUGAUUUCAAUACUCCUAUCUUGCCUGUCCGUAAACCUGAUGGGUCUUACCAGGUGGUACAGGAUUUACGGGCUGUUAACAAGAUAACCGAGGACCUCUAUCCUGUGGUGGCAAACCCUUACACUCUGCUAACAUGUUUAACACCAGAGCUAACUUGCUUUACCGUUUUAGAUCUAAAGGAUGCCUUCUUUUGCCUCCCUCUCCAUGAAGCCAGCCAGAAAAUUUUUGCAUUCGAAUGGGAAAGCCCUAAGAGGGGGCGCAAAACCCAGCUCACGUGGACGGUGUUGCCUCAGGGAUUUAAGAGCAGCCCCACCCUGUUUGGAGAACAGCUCGCAAAAGACAUAGAGUCCUGGGAAGCCCCACCAGGAGAAGGGAAGCUAUUGCAGUACAUGGAUGAUCUCCUAAUAGCUACCCGAACAGAGGAAGCUUGCACAGCCUGGACGGUAAGCCUUUUAAACUUCCUGGGACUCCAAGGGUACAGGGUAUCCAAGAAAAAGGCUCAGGUGGUGAAACAAAAAGUGAUCUAUCUGCUAUCUGGGCUAUGA